CAGUACAUGUUAUUGAACAGCGAUGAGCACGAUGCAUUUGUUGUUUUCAAUAUGCAUUUUAACCAUUGGGAUUUCUGUACUGGCAAAGGCAGCUGUUACAUUCAAGGAGGGAGCAGGUCGGAGGCAUCGACGAAGCUCAUUUUACUGGUUCCAAAUGGACUCGACCAUGAACGAAGGUCAACAGGAGGGUCAAAAGUCACCUGGUGUCGCAAGGCUCUUGGAAAAAAUCCGAGAUGGACGUCCAGUAACCAUGGUUACAGUCGGUGGUUCCAAUACUGCCGGAGGGGGACUGGAAAAUGCCAAUCAAAAAUACUUCAAUCUUGUCGCUGAUUGGUGGAAUAAAACAUUCAGUGAUUCUGCAAUGACAGUUUAUGAUGCAUCAAUCGGAGGAACUGCCAGCGAUUUCUUUUUGUUUUGCUUGCAAAAUUAUCUCCCACAGGAAGCCCAGCGACCGGAUAUAGUUUUGUUGGAGCUUGCAGUGAAUGAUUUUGGAUACAAACGUGGAGASGCUGCUCAGCCAAUGGARCUUUUGACUCGCAGGCUUCUGUCUCUACCGUCCAAACCUUUAGUGAUGUACGUUAAUUUUGUCAGUCAAACUUAUGAUGACGUAGACGGUGUGACGACAAACACCGACUGCCUGAACGCACAGGAUCUUGGGUAUGACGAGCUGUCUAUAUAUUAUGGUAUACCUUCGUUCAGUAUCAAGGACCUSGCCUGUCCGCUGAACAGUUUUGGGCAACGGCGGCUCAAUACGUCGGCCUCCUCCAAUGAUAUUUUAGCUAAAGACUUUAUUCAUGUUGGAAUUAAGGGGAAUAGUGAAAUGGCGUCCAUGAUUAUAAAAUAUUUCCAAAAAGUUUCAGCGAAUCGAGAAUAUUCAGAGGAUCACCAUCUCUUACCUACACCAAUGUUUACCGAGCUGUCAAUCAGUGAUGAUCAGCUGACUCACCCUAUGUGCUGGUCCCAGCUAUCGUCAAAUUUUAAAGCUCCUUUGAAGCAGACACUCAUUGCGCGUGUGASUGAGUCACAAGGGUUUAGGUAUCUUUCUUUUGCAGAAUCCAGAAAACCUUCUUGGUUUGAUAAACAUCGUAUGGACGCAUUCGGGGRMUGGUCGCCGGACGGGAAAGCGAAAAGGUCAAUUUUAAAAAUACAAUUCAAUGUCCCUGAURAACUGGCAUUCGACUCAUACUCUGUAGGCAUCAUUCUACGGUUAACUGGAGGUCGUGACAUAUUUGCUAAUUUCUCGAUUGAUGGCGAGCAUAAUACAACAACUCAACUCGUGAAAGACUGUGGACAAAAGGGGAGGGAAACUUACAUGUUUCCAUUAGCAACAAAUGUUGCUYGUGGCAACCAUGACGUCACUAUUGAAUCAACAUCAGGAAACAACGUUAUGAUAAGCGGAUUAGCUGUCGGGUAUUCGAGCUAUAGCGGAUAUCGUGGUUACAGGCCUAUUAGUGUGAAGAAUCCCAUCUGGAGCUAUGACAAAUACAAAAUAUACAAUUGCUGCAAUAUUAGAAGAAGUGAUGGUAAUGCAAGCAAUUUGUAAGUUUAAUGAUAUUUUUGGAUUGUAUCAAUGUUGGUAAAGUCGAAUAAAAGAAACUAAAGUAAGCGACCAAUAAUAUUUGAAACGCGUUCAGUGAUAUCAUGAUCUCAGGCGCGGGAAACUUCAACGCAUCUACGUCAUUUAAAUUCACACUUCGCUAGUCUGUUUUGUAGCCCCUCCGGUUUUUUGCCUGACUUCUUGUCCGGGACGAACGACAAAAAGUCGGAGAAGCUGCGAAGGGGACUAAUUUAUCGU